GUGGUUCGAGUCCUCCUGGCCAAUACUCCUAAGCCGGAUCUGUAUCUAGGAGAACAAGAGCAGCCGUUGCCAAUAGCAAUCUACCACGGCUACACCGAGAUCGUCGACCUGCUGUUGAAGGCCGGUGUGGACAUCAACCGCGAGUGCCAGGACUCUUAUACUCCGCUGCAAUGGGCCGUAAAGCACAACUGUGAAGGCGCCGUACCAUUGAUCCUGGAGUACCAGCCGAAGCUAGACCGGAAAUGCAGUUCGGGGAUAGGUGUCCUGCACCUCAUCAACCAGAAAACGGAAGUGGCCACUGUCAAGCAUCUAAUCCGUUGUGGCGCCACUCCAGAAGACGCCAACAAAAAAGGGGAGUGCGCGAUCUGGGUCGCCGUGCUGGCUAACAAUGAGCUCGUCACCAGAUAUCUGGCGUCAGUUUUGAUCGGACAACUGAAUAAAGUCGUGGGAGAAGGCACAGUUUUCCAUAUUGCAUGUCGUUACGGAAGCCUGAACAUGGUGCGCAUCCAGGCAAAGGCUGGGGCGGAUGUCAAUUUUGCGGCCCCGGGGGGUGGUGAGACCCCGUUGCAGGCGACCUGCGGCCGUAAAGUCGAUGGCUCCAAGUUGGAGGAGACCCUGGAGGUUAUUCGGUAUUUGAUUCAUAAUGGGGCUCGUGUCAACGAUGGGGGCGGGAACUUGCGAUCGCCCCUGCACAAGGCGUGUUUGAGUAGCGCGCCGGAGGUCAUAAAACUUCUCUUGGCGGAAGGAGCUGACGCCGACUACAAGGACUCGGUUGGGAGGACUCCUGCUCAUCUCGUAUGUUAUCGCGGGCUAGAGCACUACCGUGAAUUAAGCCCCAGUGAGAAUGCCCUUGUGGCCCGAGACUCGAUGGGUCGCACAGCAUUGCACUACGCCGUGAUUAGUGGGGACGUGGAGCUGGUGGAAGAGGUUCUGGAGGGCCAUAAACAGCAUCCUGAUUACCAGGAUACGAAAGAUAUGGUUCCUAUGGUUGAGUACCUGGUAGAACUAGGUUACGACCUCGCCGCUAAAGGGAGAGCAAGGGAAAAUGAGUGGAUGCCAGUGGAAGUAGCGAUUUAUCACGACGCUGACCAGGACGUCAAAGAACGCCUGGUGCCGGACGAUCUCGAAGUAAAUCAGCUGCUACCUGGCGCUGAGUUCAAGGGCAGUUUAUUCUGUGACGGUUGCUUUCUGCCUGUCGUCGGUUUCAAUAUC